UCAUGUCAUGUGUUGAAAACGACUUAGCAUGGCGGAAGUAUUACAUGCAUAUAGUCGUGAGAAUAAAACUGCAAUAAAAACGAAAGUUGUGGUGUAUAAAUUUUUUUUUCAUUUAAAUUUGAAAUAAUAUUUGAAUUUAUUUAAAUUUUUAAUUUGUUAUAUAAAAGAAUUUCAAACGUGGAAUUAUCUACAAUAAAGUGCUGUGCGUGUGAUUAGUAAAAAUUACAAUUAUUGGUAAUACGUAAUUAACCCUAUUUUUCAUAAAAUAGUAUUCGUUUUUUAUCAUUACGAAUGAACGUGAUUAAUUAUUCAUGGUUCAAGAAUGGCUAGCGAUUUGUCAAGUGAGUGUACAGAAGCAAUUGGUGUGUUAGACGAGAAAGAAGAAGGUGAAAUAUCUUUGGAAGAUGUAAGUUCUUCCGAAGAAGGACAUGUAAAUUAUGGAUAUGGUUCUAAAACAUCUCAAUGUUCGAACUGUUUGUCAACUCAACACAAUGCAACGUGGUGUACUGUUCCGGCCAAGUUCUACCCUCCUAAAGGCACUAAUAGAAGAGAAGUUGACCUUAUUCCACAAGAUGCAGUCCAGGGAAAAGAAAAUCGUCAUCAAAUAAAAGAAUCAGGAUGUAUUGGAACAAAACAUACAACUUCUACACUUCAAGAAAAAAAUGAUGAUCUUGUGCCUAUUUCAAGCGAUAGUGAUAUGGAAAUUGUUGGUCUUGCCGAUAAUUCUAAACAAAUUACAAUACAUUCCUCUGCAAAAAGUAGAAUGAAGAAGAAAAGGAAAAAGAAAAGAAAUCAUGUAUCUUCAACAUCAUUAGAUGAUUUAGUUUCUUCAUCUACCAUGGAUAUAUCUACGAAAGAGUGUAUUAAUACAAUAAAACAUGAUGUGACCAAAAAUAAUUCUAGAUCGCAUCACAGAGAAAUGAGUCCUAUUCAUAGAAGUAAUAGAUCUAAAGUAAUUCCAAGAUCACCUCCAAAAAGACAUAGAUCUCUUAUAAAACCAAGAUCUCCUUUUAGAAGAUCAAAAUCUCCAAUUAUUCGUACUAGAUCACCAACACUAAGGAGAUCUCCAAGGAGACUUAAAUCUCCUAAAAGAUCACCAUACAAAUCCUCAACAAAAACAAUACCUAGAAAAACAUCACAUAUUGAAUUAAUGUCAUCUCGUAAUUAUGUUGAUACACAUAAAUUACUGAAAAAAGUCAGACAAUUAGGUUCAAUAGGAACUCAUUCAUUAGAAGAAACUUUGAACAAAAAUAAAGAACAUGCAUCUUCAUUGAAAGAAAAAUUAACAAAUAUGAUGAAAGGUGUUUCUGACAAUAAUAUUGAUUUAACAAAUUCUUCAAAAGAAAAAACUAUUGUAAAUGUGAAUAAGAAAGAAUCUAAUGAUAUCGAUGAUGAAGAAGAUUUAGCAUUAUUAAGACAGAAAGCCCUUGAGACAAAACAAAAUAAAUCAAACAAACAGAAUGAUGUAUCAAAGACUGAAACUUCAAAACAUGUGAGUGCAAAUAUAAAUGAUGAUCAAGAUGAAGAAGAUUUAGAAUUAAGAAUGAUUGCACUUCGUUCUGCUGUAUUAAAGAAACAUCAAAAUAGAAUCCAAAAAGGUAUAAAAUCAGGAAAAUAUAAGAAAUCUGAUACAUUUCGCAGUGAAAGCCCAUUUACUCAAAGCUUUUUAGAUAGUAUUCCUAUACCUGGAGAAGAAUUAUUAAAUUUUGCAUCACCACCGCAUAGUCCUCUUCCUAUAAAUGAAAAUAAUCAUACAGAAGAUAUGGAAUUAGAUACAGAUGUUGAAAGAGAAAAAGAAAAAUUACCAUAUUCUCCAACAGAUAAAAUUACUGCCAAUAUACCUAUGGAUACAGAAUUGCUAGGUAUUCAACCAUCUGAUGUAUCUUUCAUUACUGUUAAUGAAGCAAAUAAUAGUCCAAAUUUUAAUACAUCUGUGACUUCUAGUCAAGAUGAUCAAAAAUCUUAUCAAGGAAAAAUCAUUGAAAAUCAAAGUUAUUUACCAAAUAUUGUAUAUUAUACACCAUCACAAAAUUCAUUGUGCGUUACAAAUACAAAUGUGCAAUAUUUACCAACUGAUUUAUCAGAAACUUCUAAAUCAAAUUUUAUGAAAAUACAUAAUUCUCAUUUAAAUAUACCUCCUUAUGAAAAUAUAUGUAUUGCUAAAAAUAAUAAUAAUACUUCUGAAGCUUUAGAUAUUAAUUCAAGUCAAGAAAUGCCUUAUUCUCCAACUGAUACUCCUAUAUAUGAUCCUGAUUUAUCACAUGCUCUUCCACAAACUCUUGGUGCAUUGACUAUCUCAAAUUCUUCCUUAGUUUCUUUAGAAUCAUAUAUUUCUAAUACACAUGGAAAUAAUGAACAACAUAAUCAUAUAUCAACAGAUCAACAUAUACAACCCACAAAAGACAUAAGUAAUGAAAAUGAACAUUUAAAUAAAGCUGAAGUACUUUCGUUAGAACCAGUUACUAAUUUUACUACAACUUCUCUUAUGGAAACUUUAUCACCAAGUAGUUCAAUGAUAACAAUUGAUGAUCUUCCUGAAAUUGAAGCAGAUAUACAUAUAACAGAUACUGUUAGAAACUUAAAAACAGAAUACAUUCCAAAUGAUUUAUCAAACAAUAUUAAUGAAAAAAUAGUAGAACCACUUUAUAUGAAGGGCUUACCAGAUGUGACUAAAGAUACAAAUAAAAUACCAACAUUAAUUAAUAGAACACUUGUUCCAGCACCAAUUUUGAAAACAAAUAAACAGUUGCAAUUACCUUUACCUACUAAAAAGAAUAUAAUUCAACAGGAACCAACAUUCAAAAGUGCAGAAAUGCAACCAGUUGUCCUUCAUGAAGAAACUAGUAUAAAGACGAAUGCUUCUUUUAAACCAAUAAAAUUAACAUCUUUUCUACAAAAAUCUCAUUCUGUUUUAGCAAUACCAACUGCAUUUCAUGAUUCUUUACAUGAAGAUUUAAUUAAUGAAACAUCUGCAGAUAAAUCAUCUCACACUUCAUUGAUAGAAAGUAAUCCCAAUGUAACUUUGGUACAAAAUAAUACAAUUAUAACAAAUUCAGAAAAAACUAGUGAUAUUAAAAGCCCAAUACCAAAAAAAAAGAAACUCUCAAAAAAAGGAUUAAAAAAAAGAAGUAUAGGUCCAGCCUUGAUUGCGAAAAAUCAUACAACAUGUAUAAAAAGUGAUAAUGUAAAUACUGUAGAUAAAUAUGAAUCACAGCAAGUUCUUUAUACAGAUGAUAAACAACAUCAAAAAGGAAUUCAAAUAGAAAUGGAUCAAACAGAUAAUAUUGACGUAUCUAUGUCAGAAACAUCCAAAAAUAUUAUUACAGAAAAAAAUAAUAUUUCUUCAGAAAGUAAUGAAAAAGAAAUACAAAAUAAUGAUAAUUCAGUGAAUGAUAUAUCAGAACAAAUAAAAGGUACAGAAGAUAGAAGACAAAGUCUUGAUGAAGAUGAAGAGGCAUUAAGAGCAAUUUUAUUAGCUUCUUUGCCAAAACGAACAAAAAUUACUAACAAUUGUUCCAAUUCAGAUGCAAUAUCUACUGCAUCUACUACAUUAAAUCAAGUACUUAUAAAUCAAACUGUAUCAAAUAUUGUAUUACCCACAACUAACUUAACAACUUCGCAUGUAAAUUUAUAUGGUUCUGAAAACGAUAAAAAUCAAUCAAAUUCUGGAGAAAAAAUUAAUAAUAUCGCACAAAAAGAUUUAUCUGUUGAUAAUAAUAAAACUUUAAAUAUAACAACUUUGGGAAGGAAAAGAUCAAUCAAUAUGACAAAAGGUCCACAGAGAAAACUUAUAAAAAGAAUUUCAAUUCCUGCAAGUACAAAAGUUGUAAAUAAUGCAAAAAAAUACCAAAAUACAAUGAUUCAAAAGAGAUUAAAUUUACAGAAAUCUACUCUUUAUAACAAACAAAAAGUGACAGAAAAUAAAAUUUUACCUAAAGUACAAUCUAAUGAUAGCAAAUGGUCUGCUAAUUCAAAGGCAUUGUCUGAUACACAACGAAUUGUUAUAAAUUUAGAGUCUGAUACAGAAAGUGAUUCUGAAUCUGAACGACAAAAAAAUAUAACUGUUUCUUCAGUUCAUUCUGUUAUAACAGAAAAACAUCAACCAACAAUAAACUCUACAGCAGAAUUUGAAAAAAAUUUAGAUCAAUUUUUACGUGCAGUACGAAGGAAACAAGAAUCUAUGGCAGCUGCAAGACCAACUUCAAUAUCACAAACACCUAAAAAAGAUACAGUAUUAACAACAAAAUCAGAAAAAUUAAAUUCAUCCAACAAUCUUCAUACACCAUUGGCUGUUCGUCAUUUGCCCGUAUCCCAGCAAGAAGAAUAUCGUCGCUUAAAACAACAAAUUUUAGAACGUGAAAAAUUAAAAUUGCAUAGAACUAUGGAAAAUAAUAGCUUAAUAAAAAAUAAAAAUAUGGAAAUAUUUUCAAAAUCUACACUAUCCAAUAGUCAAAAUAAAGAAUUAUGUAUAAAAAUAAAUCAAAUAUCUACGAAAAGUCAAAAUAUAAAUACACAACAAUUAAAUAAAGAAAAUUGUUCUAAAAAUUUAAUAGAUUCGAUAAAAAAUACAGCUAUAUCAACAAAUAAUAAAACGUGUAAUAUUGAUAAACGAGAAAAUACAAAUCUAAAUCAAACAAAAUUGUUAUCAAGAUCAACAACAAAUAGUGAUGUUUGUGUAUCUAUUGAGAAUAAUCCAAAUAAUAUUAGAAACAAAGUAGUUGAAAAUUCUGUGCAAUCGACAAGUACAUCGCGAAAAAUUUUUGAAAUGCCUACGCAGAAAAUUGAAAUGAAAACGAGGAUUUCACCUGGUCUAAAAAUUUUAUCUAUAGAUGAAGUAAAUCAGAAAUAUGUACAAAUACAAGUAAAAAAUGAUACAAAUGAACGAGUAGUAACAAUAAAUGACAAAGUGUCCUUAAAUAAUAAAACAGUAAUUAAUCGAAAUGAAAAUAUUUCUGGAUAUAAAGAUAAUAAUAAUAAAAAUACAUGUGAUUAUGAUAUAAAUAACAUGCUUUCUACAAAUAAUAUUAUAUCUAAUGAUAAUAAUGCAGUGGACUCAGAUGCAUCAACAAUUAUUAUGUCAGAAAGACAUGAAGAUAGGAAAGAAAAUCUUGAUACAUCUGAAUCUACAAUCUCACUUUCACAACAUCAAGAGGAUUUAUCAUCGAUUUCAAAUGCGGAAAAUAGUCAUUUUCUAUUUAUUCAAAAUAAUAUAUCAUCAAAGGAUACAAAAAGUAUAGAAGAAAAUUGGGACGAAAUUAAAAAAGAUGUUAAAUCAGAAUUAAAUACUCUUAUUAACUUAUCACGCGCAGAACAAGAACAACGUUUGAUAGAUACUGAAGAAAAAUUAGUUAUGAAACGCUAUACAAUCUUAGAUGAUUUAGCGGAAAUGUCGAGUAAUCUUCGUCAAUGGCACAUGGAACGAGAUUUGCAAACAAAUUUAGUUGCUGAAGUGAAAAAACUUAGAGAACAGUUAAAAGUUGCUGAAGAAAGAUUACAAGUACAACGUAAUCGUAUUAAUAAUAUAGGUCCAAGAGUAGUAGCAGCACAUGAAAAAGUUAAUGCAGGCCGACAAGAAUGCUUUAAACUUGCAACUAUUUGUUCAACUUUAGGAAAUAGGAUUAUGGGAAAGGAGUACAAAGUACCUGAAGCUGGAGCACAACUUUUAGAUAAUAGAUUAAAAGAAGUAGCUAAUCAUACGCGGCAACUUUCUCGAAAAAAAGUACCAUCUAUUGAUAUUUCCGAUAUGUACGAAUUAUCAAGAUUAGAAGAAGAAACUGUAUCUACUACAUGUACAGAAAUUUCGCAAAAUAAAUCUCUGUUGUUAGAAGAAUGCAAUAUUGAUACAAAUAUCUUAAACGAAGAUCAAUCAAGAAUAAAAUCAAGCGAUAUUGAAAAAAAUAUACAAAUAGAAGACAUUACAAUAAAUAAAAAUAAAACAGAUAAGGAAACAGAUAUAAUAUUAAAUAUUUCCACUCUAAGUUUUGAUGAAAGAUGUAUAUCUAAACAAAAUGAUAUUGAGCAAGAAGUAUUUGAAGAAACAAAUUUAAGUAAUAAUAAUACAACUACUACUAAUAUUCUUAAGCCAGAAGAUAUUCAAAAAUUGGAUAAUAUGUCAGAAAAUAAUAUAAUAAGGCCUAUAAUUUUAAAACCUGGUACUAAGAAAAGGAAUUCUACAAAAUUCGAAGGAGAGCUUCAGAGAAAAAAAACACUUUUAUCUUAUGAAUCAAUAUUAACACAUUUUAAAAUACCAAGGAACACGAAUCCCAAUGGUGUCCUUUGUCCAUACGAAUUGAUGGGAACAUGCAGUGAUGGAGAUUGUCAAUUUAUUCAUCAAACAGAGAGUCAAACCAAGUAGCAUUUAGCUACCAAAGUGGCAUUAUUAAGUUAUACGUAAGGUGGUUUUAAUCUUUAAACAUAAGAUUCACACAGGACAUUAUGAAAUAAAAAUCAAGAUUUUUAAAGUGAUCAUACUUUUUUAUAAUAAAUAUUAAUUUUUAAAUUAGAAAAUUUUUAUUGCGAAUAAAUGUUAUCACUUUUAUAAUUGCAGGUACUACUAUUUCUGAGGAAGCAAUAUCCGAUAUAGAUGGAAGAAUCCUGUUAACAAGCAGAAGUAACACCUGAAGAUGGUAAGUUAUCUUCAUCACGGCAGGAGUUUGUGCACAAAUUAAAGUAGCCAUUUUAUUACAUAAAAAUUAUAAAUUUUAAAAAAAAGCAAAAUUUUUAAUACUGUGCUAUUUCAAGCUUCUAUUCUAAUGAAAGUUUAAAGAAGAUUUGCUGCAAGUGUUUAUUUUUUACAUAUGUAAAAAGUGUCAUAUAAACUGCAAAUAAUUAGUGUGAUUAAUGUAAAAAAAAAAAAAAAAAAAGAAAAAAAAGAAGAAA